CGCGUGGUGGAUUGCAUAAAAUGCCCAUGUUUCAGAGCUGCCUUGCGAGGACCAGAUCAUCCUGCUGAAGGGCUGCUGCAUGGAGAUCAUGUCGCUGCGGGCGGCGGUGCGCUACGACCCCGAGAGCGAGACGCUGACGCUGAGUGGCGAGAUGGCCGUCAAGCGGGAGCAGCUGAAAAAUGGUGGACUGGGCGUGGUGUCCGAUGCCAUCUUCGACCUGGGCAAGUCGCUCUCCGCCUUCAACCUGGACGACACGGAGGUGGCGCUGCUCCAGGCCGUGCUGCUCAUGUCCUCAGACGCACGGGGUUUGCGGGUGGAGAAGAUCGAGAGUGACAGGAGACCUACCUGCUGGAGUUAGAACUACAGUCAACUAUGCAAAACACAUUCUAUUCUGGGCCAAAGCUGCGAGAAGGGCGAC